AUGCCAAAAGCCAUGGACGGGCUCGCCAUCCUCUGCUACCUCUUGAUUUUAUGUUUGAACCCAUCAGGAGGCACCAGCCUCAUCACAGCGGAAGCAUUUGAAGCUAGAGGUCAGCAAGUGUGCAAGCCGUGUUACAAGCUGGCCUACUUCUCCGAGCUGCGGCGGAGGUUGAAUUUUGCGGAGGCCGACCUGGCUUGCCGUCGGGAUGGUGGGCAGCUGCUGAGCGUUGAGUCGGCAUCCGAGCAGAAGAUCGUGGAGCAACUCAUCGCGGAUCUGAGGCCCACCGAUGGAGACUUCUGGAUCGGGCUGCGGCGUAACCAGAGAGAUGAGGACGGCAGCGGCGGCGGCGGCGACUGCUCCUCGCAGUACCGCUGGUUGGACGGCACAAAAUCUACAUUUAGGAACUGGCACUGGGAUGAGCCUUCAUGCGGCUACGAGGUGUGCGUGGUGAUGUAUCACCAGCCGUCCGCUCCGCCUGGGCCGGGAGGUCUUUACAUGUUCCAGUGGAAUGACGACAACUGUGAAACCAAGCAUAAUUUCAUCUGCAAAUACACAUCAGGCGAGUCAGUUGAAACCUCGCCUCCUAACUCCACUCAUGGAGACAUAUUUCCCUCAUCUGUGCCCUGGAAUCCAAGUGACCACAACGCAAUGAGGAGCACAGCCCUGAAUGUGAUUUACAUCAUCAUUCCCACAAUUCCGGUCAUUCUGCUACUGUUGACGGUGACAGGUGUCUGCUGCUUCAAAAUGCUCAUCUCACGACGAACAAAAGCGCAGAAGUCUGAAGUACCCAAGACAGAGCCUAGCAUCCGGACCAGCCCGACCUCAGCUGACGUCUACAAUGUGAUUCGCUCCCAGAAGGACGACGAUUUGUUGUCCGGACGCCCACACACUAAAAACACAUCCUUUCUGUGUUCGUCCCCUGAAACCCCCACGGGGGAUUAUGACAACAUGGGGGGUCGCGACACAGAAAGUGGCUUUGUGACUCUCGCCAGCACCGAGAGCUGCUUCAACUUUGACCUCAAUGACCUCAGCCUGGGCCGUCGUGGUACGCGUGACCUCUACAACAGCAGCUUAGGCCGCCCGCUGAAGAAGGACGCCACAGACGGGGGGCUGGCACGACCUGGACAGUUUUAUGACCGCCGCACCACCAAGAGCGAGCAUUUCAGUGACAGGGUUGCCUACGGGGACCACGAGUUGUUUGAUGACAUCAUGGCAGCAAAGAGGGACCUCUACGAGCCCAAAGUGACACCUGGGGGUCAUGCGGUCAAGGCUGACUUAUAUCAGACCUACAGCAAGAAUGGCAAGGGAGACUCUUACCAAAGUAUCCUGGGAACGUAUGGAAGACGCAAACCUGAGCAGGCCACGCUGGAUAGCUACAGAAGUGGUGUGAAUCUCGAUGGAGGGAGAAAAUACUUCAAUGAACAACAAUGGCUGGACAGUGAGAAGUACUGA